ACAACCACCAACUCCACCCCGGCCCCCCGCACCAGACCUCACCGCAUGGUGCCAUGCACUCCUCACAGAUGUCCCCUGCCGCCCAGCAGAUGCAGCCCACCCAGACCAUGCAGUCCCCGGCCUCGAGCGGCGGGCGGCGCCGGCGGGUGGUGGACGAGGACCCAGAUGAACGCAGGCGGAAGUUCCUGGAGCGGAACCGGGCGGCGGCCACCAGGUGCCGGCAGAAGAGGAAAGUGUGGGUGAUAUCGCUGGAGAAGAAGGCAGAGGAGCUGACGCAGACCAACAUGCAGCUCCAGAAUGAAGUCACCAUGCUAAAGAGUGAGGUGACACAACUCAAGCAGCUUCUCCUCACCCACAAAGACUGUCCCAUCACCAGCCUGCAGAAGGACUCCCAAGGCUAUCUCAGUCCGGAGAGCAGUCCUGCCAGCAGCCCGGCCCCAGUGUGUUCCCAGCAGCAGGUCAUCCAGCACAACACCAUCACCACCUCCACCACGACAGUCGGGGGCAGCGGUGUACACGGAGAGGCUAACCACCGCAGAGACAUUCACCCCAUCCACUAGAGGCCAAGGAGACUAGCAGAAGCCUAUACCCCCAACCCAGAUCUGCAAGGCCCGCCUCUCAGUACAGUUGCACAGUGCC